AUGAACUCAACAACAGACAAUUUAAAUGAUUUUUCAAACAUGGGCUUACAAAUACCAAUUGCAUGUAAUUCAUCAUCACUAGUUUCAUUUGAUAACUUCUCUAAUGUAGAUAGUUCUAAAGUUAGUGAUUCUAAUAAUAUUAUUAGUAAUAACUUAAAUGAUAAUUACUCUGUUGAUGAAAAUCCAUUAAAACAAAAAUUACAACAGUGGAUAAGUGAUUAUCAUGUUUCUCAUAACUGUGUUAAUUCACUUUUGUCAAUUUUGAGAUCAGAAGGAUUAAAAUUGCCUAAAGAUGCCAGGACAUUAUUGAAAACACCUAAAGCUCAUGAACAUAGCAUAAUAAGUAUUCACCCUGGAUCAUAUAUACACCUUGGGGUAGAAUUUAUGUUAACUAAAAUCUUAACUGCGAAUCUUGGUUUUAUUGAACAAAAUACAUUAAUACAACUUGGGUUUAAUAUUGAUGGAUUUCCUCUAACAUCAAGUUCAAAAUCAAGUUUUUGGCCAAUUCUUUUAAGCUUUGUAAAUAUUCCUCAAUUAUUUAGUAUUGUAAUACCGGUGGGUAUUUAUCAUGGCAAGUAUAAAAAACCGUCAUCUAGUCAUGAAUUUUUACAAUAUUUUACUUCUGAAAUGAAAAUGAUUUUAACAAAUGGAAUAUGUAUAAAAAAUAAAUUAAUAACAUUUGAAAUUAGUCAAGUUGUGUGCGAUGCACCGGCAAAAUCAUUUAUUUUAAACGUAAAAGGUCAUAACGCCUAUCAUGGGUGUAACUCCUGUAUUGUUGAAGGAACAUAUAUUGAUAAUAAAAGGAUGGCCUACCUAGAUUUAAAUGCCCCUUUAAGAUCAAAUCAAUCUUUUCGAGAUAAACAGGAUUCAUUUUAUCACAAAGACUCAAGCCCCUUAGAAGAAUUUCCAAUUGAUAUAACAUCUACAGUUGUACUUGAAUAUAUGCAUAAUAUUUGUUUAGGGGUAAUGAAGAAGCUAAUUGUAUUUUGGGUGAAAGGUAACAAAUCUGUUCGUUUAGUAGAUCCAAAUACUGUUUCAGAAGAAUUGAUUAAUCUUAAAUGUCAUUUACCAUCAGAAUUUAAUCGCUUGCCCAGAUCACUUGAAGAAUGUGAACAUUGGAAGGCAACGGAAUUUCGCACUUUCCUUCUUUAUACGGGUCCUAUUGUGUUAAAAGGGAGAUUGAAAAAACCUCUAUUUAAACAUUUCAUGCUUUUAAACUAUGCUAUUAGACUUCUUAUUUGUUCAGAAAAUUGUCAUACUCAUAACAGUUUGGCUAAAGACAUGUUAAAAAGAUUUGUACGUGAAUAUGGAUCUUAUUAUGGUGAAGGAUAUGUUGGAUAUAAUGUUCAUGGUUUGAUACAUGUAGCUGAUUUUGUUCUAAAACAUGGACAUUUAGAUUUAUUCAGUGCAUUUAAGUACGAAAACUAUUUACAGUUUUUAAAAAAAAGUUGUAAAAAUGAUAGAUUUCCUCUUCAAGAUGCAUAUAAUCGCAUCAUAGAAAAAAUGAACGUUCAAAUUAAAACUAUACCUCUUGCAUAUCCAAUAUUAAAACGAGAAUUAAAAUGUAAUUAUAAUUUAAAUAAUUCAUUAACUGAAACUUUGUAUGAGCAAGUUACAUUAGAAAAAUUUGUGAUAAGUUCAAAAAGUGUUAGAGAUAAAUAUUUUAUGUUGCAAAAUAAUGAUAUAGUUGAAGUUACCAAAAUAGUAAAAUAUUUUAAUGGUGAGAUUAAAAUCGAAGCAAUUAAAUUUAAUUAUUCACCCAUGUUUGACUAUCCAUCAACCUCAGAUUUAACAAAAAUAUUUUAUAUCAAUGAAAUUAUUCCAAAAGUUCAACCAAUCAUAAUCAAUUUAAAAAGUUUGAAACAUAAAUGCUUUGUAACACCAAUAGAUACUUGUAAAUAUAUAGCUAUGGCAUUACUUCACUCAUCAUAA